AUGAAGAUGCGUUUCCUCGUCCCCAGCGAGCUGUUCUCUGGAUUUCAGGCCUCAUCGUCCGCCUGGGCUCUUGAUAAAGGCUACCUCAGCCAGGGUGUCAUCCUCACCGGCUUGAAGGGCGCCUCUGUACGUGCCGCCAUGACAGAGCGAUACUAUGACAUACAGACUAACAUCCUCCGCGUCCCCCCUCACCUCGGGUUCUUCUCAUGGGGACUUUCUCAUCCACAACGUGCCGAAGGCUUCAUCUUCGUGAGAUGGGCGCAGUUCUGCCAGUGGGCUGUGUCCUAA